GUAAGAAGUUUACUUAAUCAACUCCAGAUCGCUCGAGCCGAUCGAUUCAGCAGGCAGGUAUUUUACUUCCUGUGCAGCCUGAGCUCCUUCCUUUUAGCUCAGCGCGUCAGCCAUGGCUCCAAUAAAGAAGCUGGUGGUCAAGAAACAAGGUGGGAAGAGAAAAAAGCAGAUCCUGAAGUUCACUCUGGACUGCACUCAUCCUGUGGAGGAUGGCAUCAUGGACGCUGCCAACUUUGAACAGUUCCUGCAGGAGCGCAUUAAGGUGAAUGGAAAAGCUGGAAACCUGGGUGGUGGAGUGGUCUCCAUUGAAAGGAGCAAGAGUAAAAUUGCAGUGAACUCAGAGGUUCCUUUCUCAAAGAGGUACUUGAAAUAUCUCACCAAGAAGUAUCUGAAAAAGAACAACCUCAGAGAUUGGUUGCGGGUUGUGGCAAACACCAAGGAGAGCUACGAGCUGCGCUACUUCCAGAUCAAUCAGGACGAGGAAGAGGAGGAGGAAGAAGAUUAAACCAAAUGUCAUUAUUAAUAAAACGUCACUAGACAAAAUAAA